UUAUGUUUUUGUUAUGCAAGCAUCUUUUUGUAUUUAAAACUUAGAAAUAACAUAAUUUUGCAUGUUAUCCAGUUUUACUUCGGCCGAGUAUCUUUUUAAAAGGUACUUCUUGUUCUAUUUGAAAGUCCCCUAUGCAGGAUUAUAUUUAGUACCACAAAACCUACAGUAUGCGGAACAGGAAAUGAGAAAGCAAGGGGAGUUACUCUUAUAAUUUCCGGCUGUCAAAAAAAUCGGGAAAAAGGUAAACACGGAAAAUGUUUGAAUAAAUGAAUUUCACGGGGAAAUACAAGGGUAAACGAUGGAGAAACUUAAACAGCGCCUUGGCAAGAACAAUGCAAUCGAGAAUGUAUUAAAUGACAGACAUGUUGAUGAUCAGGAGCAAGAAUUAGCAGAUGACACUGACGCAUUCACAAAUUCAGCAUCCAGUGAGCUCGAAGUGGACAUUUCAUUACGACUCAAGUUGUCAGAAUCUUCAAAUAGUGUCCAUGAGAAAAAUUGUAGUGGUGUUUACAAUGAGGAAUCAAAAGAAAUUCAUGUACCAGAUUUUGACAGUGAAAAUCCCAUGAGUGGACGGACAGUUUUUGAAAUCAUCUCCACUGACACAAUCAAAGAUGGACAUUCUAACUUUGUGAUAUACAGGAUUUUGCUCACUAAAUCCUCGAUAGUGGAUCCAAACCCUGUUGUUGUUGAGAGACGUUACUCAGACUUUCAGUUGCUUCAUCAAAAUCUUCAUAAACAUUUCAAUGAACAAAUGGACGUUAUAUCAUUCCCGAAGAAAAGAUUGUUUGGUAACUUCACGCCAAAAACUAUAGCAAAAAGAAGUCGCGCUUUUGAGCAGUAUCUUACGCAUUUAUAUACCAUUGACGAGAUUCGAUUUUCACAAGUAUUUUUAGACUUCUUUUGUCUGGCUGAUCUAAAAGAAGCGUACAACUCUAUGUUAGAUGUAGAAUACGAAAAAGCAAUCACUUUCUUUCAAAAGGUGCUACUUAUCCAAGAGAAGAUUUUAGGGUUCCUCAACCUGAAGAUUGGGGAGACAUUAUGCGCGUUAGUUUCAUGCUGUCAAACAGUUGAGGAUGAUAUGAUGGGAUUGAAGUAUGGGAGACAAGCGUUGAAGUGCUACGCAAAUCAUGAAGAGAACAAGUAUUACCUCCCCUUGUUGCAGAGCUGUGUGCAUUUAUGCUGGAAAACUGGCGAGGAUAAAGCCAAAUUAGAAGAAAUAUUAAAUCAGAGAAAAAGAGACUCUAAGGAUCUUCCCUCAUUAUUGUCUGUGGUUCACAGCUCUGUUAUUUUAUGAGAAAGAUUGUCAUGUAUUUAUUGAUAUCUAUUGUAUGAUCGUUUUGGUUUCAGUUUUUACACUUUUAUAUACAGCUGGUAAUUUUUAAUGGUUGCUACUUUUUACACUUUUUAAUAUGUAUUCUAUUGGGCAAUUAGCUGACAGUUUCUUUGUUGAUAUGAGCCUUAGAUUUACAGUAUAAGCUUUAUUAAUGCUGUGAAAAAGAGCCCACAACAUAUCAAAUUCAUCAUUACUUCAUCUGUCUUUCCAUUCUUACCAUCUCUAGCUUUAUCCAAAUUAAUCCAUGAAACUAGCCCAGGUCUGUUAUAGAUAUUUGUCUAUUGUUUCCAUAAUUUAGCCGGAUUUGUUUCAGAGACUUAUCUGUUGUUUUCAUUAUUUAGCCAGAUACUUUUUUAUAUUUAAGAGAUAUUUGUUGUUUUCAAAAUUUAGCUACAAUGUAGAUCUGUUCUAGAUAUAUUCAUUAUCAUAUAUCUGUUGUUUUCAUAAUUUGGCCAGAUCUAUUCUAAAAAUAAUAUCUAUUGUUUUGUAAUUUAGCAAGAUAAGUUGAAUAGAUACAUGUAUAUCUUUUGUUUUCAAGAUUUAGCCAGAUCUGUUCUAGAAAUAUAUGCAGAUCUAUUGAUUCCUAAAUUUACCCAGAUCUGCUCUAGAGAUGUAUCUAUUGUUUUCAUAAUUUAGCCAGAUCUGUUCUAGAGAUAUUUCUAUUGUUUUCAUAAUUUAGCCAGAUUUGUUUUAGACAGGGGCGUAGCUAGGCCG